AUGUCGGAGGCGGCCAGUGGCAGCGGAGAUCGUGUGAAGAGGAGGAGGAAGGGAGCCAAGGUCCUCCGCAUCGGAAGCGCGUGCUCAGGAUGGUGUUCUGAGCUCUUCGCUGCUGAGAAGCUACAACUUGCGCACGUAUCAUGUUUUGCUUGUGACACAGACCGCAAUUGCCAAGCAGUGUCCCAGCAGCUCUGGCGACACGAGAAGUACUUCCAGGAUGCCUUAGGGGACGAGUUCAUGCAGGACACUCCCAGCGACAUCGACCUGUUCACAGCAGGGCCCCCGUGCCAGCCUUUCUCCCAACAGGGAGAAAGGCGAACAAUUGAUGAUCCUCGCGCUGCGCUGUUGCUGCAAAUGGUUCUGUGGAUUGCUCGCAAGAGACCUACCACGUUCAUCAUUGAGCAGGUGAAAGGCCUGCAAUCCUUUGCUCCAAAACUCCUGCUUUAUGUGCUCCAGACACUCGCCAACUUGGAAGCGCCGACCGCUGGGAAGGAGAAACUCUACACCGUGCAGUACCGUUUGCUCGAUGCAAGUGUGCACUCUGGACUGCCGCAGCACCGCGAACGCCUGUUCAUCGUUGGUGUGAAGCGUGCCCGUCAGAAGCGUGCCCUGGUUUGGCCUGCCGAGGUGCCUAUGCGCUCGCUUACAGACUUCGUCAAGCCCAGAGCAAGCUUGGAGGAGCUCUGCCUUGACUCUGCGGAGCCUCACUCAAACACAGCGCGCAAGAACCUGCGCGAAUCUUGCGCAAAGAUCCGGGCUGCUGGGGGCGAUCCCGACAAGGACAAGUACAUCAUCAACUUGAGGACUGGCUUCAAGAGCCACCAUAUGCUCAAUCGCUGUCCCUGCUUGACUCGGGCCAUGGGCAGAUCCACGGACGGCUUCUACGCUUCCUGGUUGCAUCGGCGCGUAGGUAUCCCAGAGCUUGUGCAACUUCAAGGCGUGCCGUGGGAGAGAGUACAGGCCUGCACCGACACUGUGAGCCCACAGAUCUUGGGGGGCAUCGCGGGCAAUGCUAUCCCUGUGGACUUGCUGGCUCGUGUCAUGUUGAUGGUGCUGAACGCUGCAGACCUG